AUGGGAGAUUUCAACUCUAUCUUAGGGGUUGAGGACAGAAUGCAUGGAAAUGAUGUGCACGAGAAUGAAACAAGGGACUUCAAGGAAACAAUAGAAGAUUGUAACUUGGCUGAGCUACCAACAGUGGGAAGGGAGUACACAUGGACAAAUGGGCAUGUAUUUAGUAGGAUUGAUAGAGCAAUUGUAAAUGAUAGCUGGAUGAUAAAUAUGCCUCCUCAACAAGUCCAAAUUAUGAAUUCUAUGUUCUCAGAUCACUCUCCACUGGGACUUGAACUAGAGGUGAGGAGGGACAACAGGAAGAGGCCAUUCAAAUUCUAUAAUUGUAUGGCUGACCAUCCUGAGUUUGUGAAGAUUGUGGAAAAUAGCUGGACAAGGAAGAAUGAGAGAAUGGAGGAUGUAUGGAGGAACUUAAAGUCAGUCAAAGCUGCUUUGAAACUAUUGAAUAAUGAGGAGUUCAAAAAUGUCAAAGAGAAAAUAAAAAAUACAAGGAAGGAGUUGAAUGAGAUCCAAGACAAUAUGAAGAAUGCAGAUCCUACAAAUCACUUGUUUGAAGAAGAAAAGAAGCUACUAUUGCAACUAGAGAAAUGGGAUAAAAUUGAGGAGUCUAUAUACAAACAGAAAUCAAGAGUGCAAUGGCUAAGGCUUGGGGAUACUAAUAGUGCUUCUUUCUUUGCUAGCAUGAAGGGGAGAAAAGCUCAGAAUCAAAUAACCAAACUCACAAACAGUAAUGGGGAGAUACUGACAGAGGCAAGGAGGAUUGAAGAAGAAGUAACUGAUUUCUAUAAAUCUCUGAUGGGCACUGCAAAAGAGAAUAUACCAGCUAUUCACCCAGGAUGGAUGAGGAAUGGACCACUACUCAAUAGGAAUCAGCAGCUACAACUGAUUGCUCCUUAUACAAGGGAAGAGAUACUAGAGGCUCUAAAAGAUAUUGAUGAUAUGAAAGCACUAGGGGGGAUGGUUUCAAUGAAUGCUUCUUUAAAAAAGCUUGGCAGAUCAUUGGAGAUGACAUUGUGGAGGCAGUAUUGGAAUUCUUCAAGACUGGGAAAAUGUAUAAACCUAUAA